UUUCCGGGUAGGAGACCAUGUGGCCGUUUGGGGACAAUGGCAUCCUGCAAAGAGUCCUCCCUUCUCAGACCUUGCCCUGGGCACCUCUCCCAGGUGGCUGUUUCUGAGUUGUAUGUUUCGUAAUGAGCCAGCAAUCUAGACUUCAAACCCAGGAGGCAGCAUCUUGAGUGACCCUGAGAGAACUGCUCCAAGGAGGCAAAGGAGGAGCUGGAUUAUGUAGAAGUUUUGCAACAAAGGGCAGAACCAGAUACCCCAAGAUCUCCCAGCAGGUGUCUACGGCCCUGGGCACCGACUGGCAUCUCCACAUCCCCUAUCGGCCCCAGUCGUCAGGCAAAGUGGAACGGGUGAAUGGCAUCAUCAAGACGCACCUGACCAAGCUUGCCUCAGAACUGCGGCUGUCUUGGGUCGACCUCCUUCCUCUGGUGCUCACUCGCAUUCGCACCACACCACACUCCAAAACAGGUUUGAACCCUUUUGAACUGCUCUACGGCAGGCCCUAUCUCCUGACUCACCUCCCAGAGGGAGAGGCUCCCCCACUCUCGGGGUACCUCCCCCUCUUCUCCCUCCUACGAUCCUUGCUGAGAGAACACGCAGACCGGGUCCUGCCACAACCGACAGACGACGAGGGGCCAACUCAGCCUCUGGCCCCGGGAGAUCAGGUACUGCUAAAAGCCUUGAGUUCCCGCCCGCUGCAACCUCGCUGGACAGGGCCCCAUACUGUAAUCCUCACCACUCCCACAGCAGCCAAACUUCUGGGACACGAGCCCUAGUAUCACCUAACCCGGCUCAAACGAGCUCCCCCGGGUCUCCCAGAGACAGGGGUGGCCCCGGCCCAGGCCCCUCCUCCCAAUUACUCCUACCGCUUCACCCUCACGGGGCCGACCAAACGGACCAUCACCCGAACCCCUCUGUCGUCGAUCCCAGAAUAAUUGAGGGACCACAUCCCGAUAUCCGAUGCUGACCUGGCAUCACCUGCUGUGGCUGCUGACAAUCACAGCUCUGGCCAUACUUUUUGCCAUUGGAUUAGCGGCCGCGGCCCCCCGCGAUUGGUCCUCCACUCUUCGACUGUCCCUCGCCCUCACAUACCUAGCCAUCUGCUUCCUACUCCUGGGGUGCUAUUCCCUUGGGACACCCUGACCUGGUUACCAGCUCCAUCCCCACAAGACCCACGAGGCUGGUUGUCCGCCACACCCCCUUCACCCCAACCUCAGAACAAUGCAGGGCUCUCUACUCUGGGUUACUCUGGGGGUACUGGGGGUCCUGGAAAAAGGGGGGCACACCAACCAAAACCCCCACCAGCCUUUUCAAGUCACCUGGAUUUUAAAAAAUGGAGAGACCUACGAGGAGCUAAACCGGACCACAGCCACCCAACCAAAAGAUAAGUGGUGGCCGGACCUAUACUUUAACCUUACAAAGUUAAUCAAACAAUCAGGAUACUCCAAGUGUAGGGUCAGGUCCCUCGGGUUUUAUGCCUGCCCGGGACAUCAGCGGGAAAACAUAAAGACCUGUGGGGGAAUGGUGAGCCGCUACUGUAAAUCCUGGGGCUGUGUCACUUCCAACGAUGGGUACUGGAAGUGGUCGGUGACCAAGCCAGACCUGAUCAAUAUGUCCUUCACGGGUCCUCUUCCAAAAUCAGAUUGGCAGGGACGACCCUCCAACCCAGGGCAGUGCAGCGACCAGGUCCGACUAUCAUUUACACAGCAGGGACGGACUGAAAAUAGAUGGAUUUCCGGGCUGUCCUGGGGGGUAGUGAUAUAUGAUACCUAUGGCACGGGAAGCAAUAGCGCAACGUUAUAUGUCCAGCAAGUCCUGCAACCCGCCCAGACCCAUGCUGUGGGGCCCAACCAGAUUAUUGCACCUCCCCGCCCCUCACCACAAGAGACAAACGCCACAAAUGUUGUGACCUCGCCUACCCCUACCCCCUCUCUUCAGCUGAUCCAGACAGACCCGCCAGAAACCCAAGAACCCCUGUGGGCCUUGAUCAAAGAAACCUACGGGGCCCUCAACCACUCCAAUCCUAAUGCGACCCAAUCCUGCUGGCUUUGCUACACCUUACACCCACCUUACUACGAGGCCGUGGGCUUAAAUGCCACCUACAACUUAUCCACUCUCUCCAACCCACCACAGUGUUCUUGGGGAGACCGCAAGGUGGGCCUUACCAUGAAACAAGUAUGGGGUUCGGGGACCUGCUUAGGCACGGUUCCUACGGAUAAACAAACCCUGUGCACCCGGACUGGCUAUGACACCAACUUCACCAAUAAGACCUACGUCAUACCCGAAAUCGGGGGGUGGUGGGUAUGCUCACAGACUGGGCUGACGCCCUGUCUCCAUUUGGCCGUCUUCGACCAGAGCAGGGAAUUCUGUGUCAUGGUAGUGGUAGUACCCAAGAUUACAUACCACCCAGAAGAGGUCCUCUACAACUUUUGGGACCGAGACACCCCAGCUCCUAGACAUAAGAGGGAGCCCGUUCCAGCUAUUAGUCUAGCAGCGCUGUUCACCCUGGGGGCAGCCGGAACGGGUACGGGCAUUGCUUCCCUGACCUCACAACAUCAGGGCCUGAUCACCCUGAGAGUCGCCAUUGAUGAAGACAUUGCACGAAUAGAGAAGUCUAUGACGGCCUUAGAAAAAUCCCUAACCUCUUUGUCAGAGGUGGUGUUACAGAACAGACGAGGCCUAGACCUAAUCUUUUUACAACAAGGGGGCCUCUGUGCAGCCCUCAAGGAGGAGUGUUGCUUUUACGCAGACCAUACAGGGGUAGUAAGGGAGUCCAUGGCCAAAGUAAGAGAAGGACUAGAGUGCAGAAAGAGAGAACGGGAAGCCCAGCAAUGUUGGUUUAAUCAUGGUUCCAAAACUCCCCCUGGCUGACCACCCUGCUCUCGACUUUAAUGGGACCACUCAUAAUCCUCUUGUUGCUCUUAACUUUCGGGCCCUGUCUCUUAAAUAAGCUCUUGGCCUUUAUCAAACAACGGCUCAACACGGUCCAGCUGAUGGUGUUGCGACAGCAGUACCAAGGGCUUCCAACAAACACUCUGUGACUCACUCCAUGACAAAAUUAACGGCAGGCGCUCCCUGUCAUCCCGGCGACACCCUACACCUCGCCACCCCCGUUCAGCAGGAAGUAGCCAGAGAGAACCGGCGCCCCUUGUCCUAUAACAAAAAGGCCGGGAUGAAAGGUCGGGCAUGUUGAGGCAUGCCCCGGAAAAGUGCCGCAGACAAGUUCCGGAGGCUGGCUAAACUUCCGGGGGCCGACCCCCUGCAGCCCGGUCCAAUCAGGUGCCGACACGGAGCCCUUGGACACCAACCGCCCCUGUAGCCCACGCUUUCUUCCUUAUAUGGGAAGACCUGGCUUGGACGCCGGCCCUGGCUAUAAAACCUCUCCCCACCCCUCAUACCUCGCAGACUCCCUUUGUCUCCUCGCUCAUCCGCCCCCGGGAGUUCUGCCCGAGA